GGCACGUUCGAUUGAUUGUUUUAAAGAAAUACUGCGACUUAAAGGACCUAUAGUAUCUAAUUUAAUGAAUGAGAUAGUGUUAGGGCUUCAAGCAGUUCAAUCACUAUCCGAAGGUAUUGAAGCUGCGUUACGUGAAAUUGCAGUUCGAGCGCAAAAUGCAAAUGAUCAAAUUGAUAUAUCAAAAUUUAUUAAAGUUCAUAUCUCAUGCUUCAAUCUCAUAAACAACAUAAUGCAAAUUUUACAUGAUAAAAUGACAAGUGGCAUAUCGCAAAAUGAACUAUUCUUGAUGGAAUUAGGUCAUCAAUCUAGCGUGUUUUCCAAUGUUAGGUCAUGUAUUUUUAAGGCGAGCCAUAGCGUUUUCGUAAUCGUCAAGGUGCCGGCGUUAAAGAAGAAGUUAUCUCAGAACAAUGAACUAUUGCAAUUAAGUUCUACGUGGCAUAAAAAGGCCUUCAAAGUUCUUGAAGAUUUCUUGAAAUUUGUAACUGAAUUUUUACCAUCGUUGGAUAAGCUCAAUAUGAGACGCUAUGAGAUGCUCGCAACGGACAUUUCUGAUGUUUGUAAUGGCCUUAUUCUUAUAGCCGAAACGAGCGUAUCAGAUUAUCCUACCCUCAAUUUGUCUUGGAAAUACAUUAUAAAAUUGUCAAUUGAGUAUAAAAAUGAUAUUAUUAAAAAAAGAUUGAAGUCGAUUAAUUCUGAUGUAACUUUUCUGCAAGAACCUUCGAAUAUCAAACAGAUUGACAAAACAUCGACAAUUGUACGAUUUUAUAUUACUCACUUAUUGAGCAUUGUAAAAUGCUAUGUUGAUGUAAUUUUGAAGAAUGAAUACAAACAUAUUAUUCGAACAAUACUAUAUGCCUUAAUUUUUAUUGUAAGCAAAUCAUCACCCAACUGCCUAAUAACGACAUAUGCCAGUAAUUUACUACAAGAGCGCAUUCUUCCUAUUGUUAACAACAUAUUUGCCGCGUUGUUCCUAAACAACAUAGCGUGCGAAGAUGAACGCUAUACGAUGAUUUUUAAUUUUACCAAUCUAUCUAUUGAUGCUAUGAAUCGAGAAAACUCUGUCAUACCCGAAAUUAUAGAGACUGUUGAUUUUACAUUUGCAAAAAUUCACCUUUUACAAAUAAUUUUAAUAAAUAUUAAUGAUAUUUCAGAUUCUUUGCAAUCAAGAUUAUUGCCGAAUCCAUUAUUAGUGAGAGAUUCAAAACAAGCAUUUUGUAUAUUAAGAACCUUUUUCGAUAUAUUGGAGGAUUAUCCGGAAAGUAAUUUACUUACAUCUACGAUUAUGUCUAUUGACAAAAGCAUGCAUCCUUUGCAAAAUAUCUCUCAACACCAUGAAGAUAAUCUCUACAUCCAUAUUUUAAGCACUUUAUGUAUAUUCGCAAACAUGUUGCCUACAUUUCUGUUUAUAGUAUUUGAAUAUCGUAUGCUGGAAUCAUUGUUAUUUUCACGGAGUUUUAUCAUCUGUACUUUGAUCGUUGACUGCUGGGGUUGUGUUAGUAAGAUUUUAGACAGUCAUGUAUUGUAUCAAGAAGUUGUGCUAAUAAUGGAAAUUAUAGUUGGUCUUGUGCAUACGUCUUCAACUCGUUGCCGAUUAAAGAGGUUAUUUAAACGUCUAAUAGCAUUUCUUGAUGUAGAGCAACAGCUUGAAUUAUCAAAGCUUGUUCGUUCUUAUACUUUUCAAACAGGUGAAAACACUGCACAGAUGUUAUCAAGUAGAGAAUAUACAACUGCCUAUGUGAAUGACAUUGAAAAUAAUUCGGUUAAUUACGUGAAAUUAUAUGCAUGGAUUAAUUCAUACCUUGAAAAGAAGCCAACGCAUUCUGUUGAUGACCUGUUCUCAAUUGCAAGUAUUACACUUAAAAGCGAUAUUAAAUAUAUUUUGUUUAAUAUCGCGCUGAAUAUCUUAAAGAGUAUCAAUUGCAUUGACUCGAUACCUGACUUUUAUCCAUCAUCAGCUGAAUUUCGAAAGAUACUUGUUACGAUUGAUGGAGUGCUUGAAUUUAUGAUAAAUUUACAAUUGCUAACUUUAUCUGAAGUAUUGGAGGUACUUAAGGUUGUGGAUCAUUGUACUCCUUUGCUAGUGAAUAAUUGCAUUUGCCAUACGUCUUUAUGUAAUUUUAUUGACAAGUUCACUAAACUUUUGCUUGAAACGAAUGACAAGCAAAUAGUUGCGACUGUUAAUUCGAUAUAUGAAAGGAUAUUUACGAGUACAAGAUGGUUUACAAAACACGAAGCAAUUGCCCAAAUUGCCAGCUAUGCUCAACAUUCACGUAGUCUUGAAAUAAUUCAUCCGGCUAUAACACAACAAUUGCGUGAGCCAAUUAUGAAAUUUAUGAAUCGAAUGCCAUCAUAUUUCGAUGAUGAAUUGGUCUCGGAAAUAAAUUUCUGGCGAUCCUUAAAAGACAGAGAUGAACAGAAAUUUCACUUUGUGAAAUUGAAAGAUUUAUUCAACAGAGAUUUAAUUUCAAUUGCAACGAAUAUUUUCUCAAGUUCAGUAAAAAUUGAUUAUGAUAUAAAUAAAUCAACUUUGGAAUGCUUGAAGGGAGCUCACUUGGUAAACGUAUUUAUUCGAAAUUACUUGGCAGGGAACCAAAAGUCGGAGGUUUCUUCUGAGCUAAAGUUAGUUUUUAAUGAUUUAAAAGAUAAUUUAACUAAAUUUUUUCAAAGUUGA